UCUGAUGUUCACGCAGUGUUGAAUGCACAGAGCAGAAGAUGUGGUUGUAGCCAACAUUAUAAAUAUAGCCUAUACAUUCAAAUAGGUGGGCAAUCAUGUGUUUUGCAUUUGACAAUUAGACAAUGAACAUUUCAGAUAUUCACAAUGACAUUCUUCCUAUAGAAAGUAAUGUCUGAAAUGUUCUUUUUGACUAGAAAUAAUUGAAUUAGCCUAUACGGAUAUCUGCAACAAAUAUCCAGAUUAGCUUUUACAUGUUAAAACAGCCACUUAUAGCCUACUUUUUAAGGAUUUAAAGAUAUUUUAGCCUAUAUUUAGUUUUGACCAGUAGCCUUAUCAAAGUUGUAGAUAUCUUGAAAAUUAAUUUCUACUAGUAAGAAUGUUAUUGUGGAUAUCUUUAUCAUUCCGACUGGUGUAAAUAUAAUUUUGACUAGGAGAAAUGCUAUUAUGGAUAUCAAAAAUGUAAUUACAAGGGAGUGUGGUUCGAUUACAUGUAUGUUAAAACGGCUUGCAUAGUCUCCAUGUAUCAGAUAUCAAGAAUCAGUGGUAAAGUAGGCACUUAGUGUGGCCCCGCCCACCGCUGUCCAAACCGGAAGUUUAGCUGUUGUUGUCACACUGGAAGAAAAUGGCUGCUGCUCCGACUUUUUUUCAAUGAAGACACUGAUAUUUCAAUUUCAUUUCGUUUUCUUGCAUCGGAGCUACAUUCGACCGCUAUGCAAUCUAGGAGGGUGUGAAUGGUCACUUUGGGAAGGUGACAGUGUGGGGCAGAAAGGACAGCAUCGUCUACCGUCACUCGCCUUGCAGCUGGCGGUGGACCACAAUGCAACAAGUUUUGGAAUAUGCAUUGGAUCGAGCCGAGUACAUUGUUGAAAGUGCUCGACAACGACCAGCCAAAAGAAGAAUUUCAUCCGGCGGGAGGAAGAGUUUGUAUCAGAAGCUCUAUGAGCUGUACAUAGAGGAAUGUGAGAAAGAGCCAGAUUUAAAGAAUUUGAGGAGAAAUGUGAAUCUACUGGAGAAGCUGGUGUCUCAGGAGUCUGUGUCAUGUCUGGUGGUCAACUUGUACCCUGGGAAUGAAGGCUAUUCUUUAAUGCUCAGGGGCAAAAAUGGAUCUGAUUCUGAAACCAUCCGGCUGCCGUAUGAAGAGGGAGAACUCUUGGAGUACCUAGAUGCGGAGGAGUUGCCUCCUAUUCUGGUGGAUCUGUUGGAGAAAUCACAGGUGAACAUCUUCCACUGUGGCUGUGUAAUAGUAGAGGUGAGAGACUACAGGCAGUCUGGUAAUACCAAGAUGCCCACCUAUCAGAGCAGACACAUCCUGCUUAGGCCAACCAUGCAGACUCUGAUCUGUGAUGUCCAUGCCAUGACCAGUGACCACCACAAGUGGACACAGGAUGACAAAUUACAGCUGGAGAGUCAGUUGAUUUUGGCCACAGCUGAACCUCUGUGCCUGGACCCCUCCAUCUCUGUCACCUGCACAGCCAACCGCCUGCUCCACAACAAACAGAAAAUGAACACACGCUCCAUGAAACGGUGUUUCAAGAGGCAUUCUCGAGCAGCACUGAACAGGCAGCAGGAGCUUUCCCAUCUGCCCAUACCACCACAGCUACGACUCUACGACUACCUGCAGAGGAGGAAGGAGAGGAAACCUGCUCCUGUCAUAGACCUGAAGAUCUCAAAGAUCGGAAACUGUGUUGACAUGUGGAAGCAGAGCAACUGCCAACUAACUGUACCGAAGGAAAUUGAUGUGGAAAAGUACGCUGUGGUUGAGAAAUCUCUGCAGUUGGAGGACUCUCAGCCCACUACCGUGAUCUGGCCUGCUGAGGAAGUUGUAGAUGACUACACGUUUGAGUGUGAGGUUGGGGGCCAACCCCAGAGGACCAAGGUGUCUAUCUUCCAGUCGAUGGGAGACCCGCUGGUGUAUGGGAAGAUCUAUUGUGCUAAAGAACCAAAAGCAGAGGAGGACAGCACAGACCUAAAGCUCAUACAUCCCACCUUCCUCAUAGGCUCCAAGAUAGAUGCAGACCGGUUUCUUAAUCAGUACAAAGGGGUGUAUGAGAAAGAUGUGAAGUGUCAAGUCAAGAUGUCCCAUAACUCAGGCAUCGUGGGACAGGGGCCUCCCUCCCCCAGCAAAGAUGAGGGUGAUGGUGUUUCCCCACUGGUCCAGACGUCUGUUUUGGGAAAAGGGGUGAAGCACCGACCCCCUCCCAUCAAACUGCUUUCAGGAUCAGGCAGCAGCUCCUCAGGUAAUCCAUAUAGUUCACAAACCACCAGUGGUCUACUCAAGUGUCCUACGCCCCCUCCAGCCAAAAGCCAGUCUCUGAACAGGAAGCACUCCGUGGAGCUGAGCCAGGUGGGCCUGCUGUCGCCAGCCUCCCUCUCCCCGAUGGGCUCCACACAGAGAUCGGGAACCCCCAAGCCAUCCACCCCUACACCCACCAACACGCCGUGCUCGACCCCGCACCCCACCGACUCCCUCUCUGCUCCUCUUUCGGUGACCCCUACCCUUUCAGACCCUGCCAUGGUUCAGAGCCAGUCGCAGCCAGCCCUCCUCACCCCCUUUGCCCAGCAGCAACUGGGUCUAAGCCAGCCGCUGCCCGUCAUGACCAUUCCCCUGCCUACCAUGGGUACGUCCAUCACCACGGGAACCACCUCGACACAGGUCAUGGCCAACCCUGCAGGGCUCAAUUUCAUCAACGUGGUCAGCUCUGUCUGCAGUCCUCAGACCUUGAUGAGUGGCUCCAACCCCAUGCUCGGUCCAGGCCUUAACCUGAGUGGAAUCCUGCCAUCUGGAGGGCUGAUGCCCAGCAUGCAGUCUGCAGCACAGACUGGGAGUCAUUUUGGCCUGAACAGCAGUGCUGGGUUGAGACCGCUGAACCUACUGCAGAUCCCCACUGGUCCUCUCAUCUUUAACUCUCUGCAGCAGCAGCAGCUGUCUCAGUUCUCCCCACAGCAGAGUCAGUCAGCCACCUCCAGCCCUCAACAGCAGGGGGAGACGGGUGACCAGGGGUCAGAACAAAGUUUAGGAAACCAGCAAACAGCGGUCAUCAACCUGGGAGUCGGAGGCUUCAUGUCUCCACAAGGAGCAGUGCUGUCCCAGUUGGGCUGUGGGCUGGACGGGUCUGGGCCCCCACUGCCUUCUCCAAGGCUUCAGCAGCAGCACCAGCCACAGAUCCAAUUGCAAUUCUUGCAACACCAAAUGCAGCAGCAGCAGCAAAUGGCUAUGGGAGCAGCAGCUCCUCAGGGGGGAGCACCACGGCAACAUACCGCCAGCCAACCAAGAAGUAAGAGGAAGAGGAGCACGCCACAGCCCCUUCCUAAGUCAUGACAGACUGAAUGAUCCAUACUGUGCUCUUUGUCUGCCUCACUGUGGAGACUGCAGACAAAAAAAUGACAUUUUUCGUCCUUUCUGUGUCUUUUUCUAGCUGACAAAUUUGUAUGUAAUGGUUGUCAGAGGUUUUGAAGAACCAAAACUGUGUCUGCCAUGGAGGAUGUUUUUUUGUUUUGUUUUUUUUUUAAGAACAGGGAGCCCUACACUUAAAGAACCUUAGUGAUAUUUUUUGAGAUGAAACAGAAUAAGAUGGUUCUCGUAGGUGGCAGGCUUUCAAAAUAACACCGCCUCUUCAGGAAGACUUUUCUCUAUGGGGGCCCUGGGACUGAAAGGAUUAUGAAUGCACAUUCUCCGAGGAUCCCUCAUGAGCCUGCCUGACCCUCCUGCCUCUGCUUGGUUGACCCUGGUAGAAACUGCCCUUUAAGCACGGAUCCCAGUGAGCUUAUUGACACCAAAUCCUCCGUAUAACCAUUACAUGUGAAAAUGCAAAUCUGAUCUUGGAGUAGUGCCUGGGGGCAGCUCUCUACCUCUCAGUCUGUUGGAAGUCUUUCUUCCGUUAGCCAUCCAGGCACAGGGCUCAACCGAGGACUCAACAUGAACAUGCAAGACGGUGUACCUGCUUUUGUACAGCACAUUUUGAAAAGGCAUUUCCUUUUAAUUAGUUAAGGAGCCAUGAGCGUAUUCUUACGAGACAUCAACUGCGUGUGUGUGCGCGUGUGUGUGUGUGUGUGUGUGUGAGAGAGACAUUUCUGGACACUGACAAAUAAUUUUUUAAACAGUCUUUGUCAUCAGUUUUAUUGUUAUAAAAAAAAGAAUAUAUAUUGACAGUGGAAAAUACAGCUUUUAGAUAAAAA